CCAGCUUGCUUCUUUCCAGUCUUGGGUUCAAGGCCUUGACAACCAUGAAGCUUCUCAUACUCACCUGCCUUGUGGCUGUCGCUCUUGCCAGACCUAAACAUCCUCUUAGACACCCAGAACUCAUUCAAAAUCAACCAGGCAGCAGCGAGGAAAUCCUCAAAGAAAGAAAGUUUUCAGCAAUUGCUCUGGCCACACCAAUAGAAUUAAGACAGGAAUACAUCAAUGAACUGAACAGGGAACAACAUGUAAUAACCGAGACUGAGCAGAGUGAAUCUAGCAGCAGUUCAUCAAGCGAGGAAGUUGCUUCCCAAAGCAGCACCGAGCCAAAAUGCGCUUUAAAUGAAGAUGUGACCAACCAAUGCAAUCAGGAACAGCUUCAUAGAAUGAACAAAUACAACCAACUCCAGCUGGAAGCUAUCCAUGCUCAGGAGCAACUUCGCAGAAUGAAUGAAUACAACCAUGCUCAAGUGGAAGAGCCCGUAAGAGUAGUGAAUCAGGAACAGGCCCAAUUCUACCCUGAGCCCUUCCCUCAAGUCUACCAGCUUGACGCUACUUGGUACUAUUUCCCACAAAACAUGCAGUACCCAUCUUUCCUGCCAUCCCAAGACAUCGCUAAGCAAACUUCCGCUGAGAACAAUGAGAAAACUAAUGUUAUGGCACAGUGGUGAAGAAUUAAGUCCAUUCUCAGGAACUCCACAAUUAUGACCCUUGAUGUGGCUGAAAAUUCCAUUCUCUGAAUUUCUCCUCUUUGACUGUUAUUUUAGAAUAGGAAAAUCCCAUUUUAAUGGCAGUCUUUCUUCUUGAGUUAUCUACUGUGUAUUAGAUAGCAUAUCAUUCUUUUCCUUAGCUAAGUUUCCCUAGACAGUUUAUUAUCUAAAUUCCACUUGUGGU